AUGGCUAGAUGGCAAACAAAAAGCAAGAAAAGGUUGAAGAAGAGGAAGAUGGAGGAGGCAGGUGGGGAGAUCACGGAAAUUCCAUUACAGCGACGGAAACUUGAAUGUGAUGAUGAAGUCAUGAUCGUUGAAAAUGAUGAGAACAAGGAAAACAAAAUUGAUCGAGCAGAAAUUGCUCUUCUUCCUACUCGAGAAUCUGUGCGCGACAGCUUAUUGUUGCCUCUUCGUGGAAACUUUUCCCGUAUUGUCGAGGGUCAUAUGGGCAGCGGAAAAACAUUCUUGGCAUCAUACCGCCGAAGAGUUAAAAUUGCCAUUGAAAACCAUGCAGAUGGGCGAUCAAGUUGA